AUGCUGACACCACCACUGCUCUCGUUCGCCGCUGUCGCGCCAGGGACCUCCCCGUUGUGGCACUUCCAGUCUCAGCACGCCAUCCCUGCGGCAGCGCCGUCUUUCUUGGGCUUCCCAGGCACGGGAGCAGCAGCGGCUGCGCACCGUACCAGAAGCGGGAUCGCCAGCUCCUUUUUCUUCCCUCUCGAAGCAGUGGUACGCAGGGCGCUGCCGGUUUCGCGCGGGGGCUUCUCCUCACGAGCCUGCAGCGUGUACACUGGUGUGCGACCUGACGGGACAUUGUCUAUUAUAAUGCUGGAGGAGUACCCCGGCUACACGGAAUCCACGCCAGCGCAACCACCGGGGACGACAGCAUCAUCUCCUGCGUUCCUCACUACUACCGCGGAGGGCAACCCCACCGUCGCGGGCGCGCGAGAGGGCCACCAAUCCACCAAGUCCCCUGCACCGCCGACACGGCAGGACUGUACGCGGCCACCACCCACAGCGUCGGCAGAGCAACCAGUGCUUUCGCCGUCCGCAGACACUGACGCAUCUCGUCAGCUGCUUGUCACAGUACCACACUCUGCUGCUGCUGGCGUGGCAGGUGCGACGUCGUCUACCAACCCACAUCGUCAGGACCCCAUAGGCACUGGUGGUGUUCUCAACGAGGGGGUUGCUGUCAGGGACCCCUGGGUCGGCCUCACGUCCGGUUCUCCUCCUCGUGUUCCGCCGACUCCUAUGCCUCCUCCGCCGCCAGACAGUGGGGAUCCACCGUAUGCGCCCUCACGCGAUAGGGCUGACCUCACUCGCCUCGGUGCCGCUACAGCAACGGUGAAGGCAGUCGCGGAUGCUGGUGGACGUCGUCGGGCGGUAGAGCUUGAGGACGAUGACUCCCCGGCGCGAGCCGCGGUGGCGGCGUCGCCGAUGAUUGCCUUGCGGGGGAAGAGCGACUCCCCUGUUCCACCGCCCGGUGGAAGAGUCUGUCAGAAGCACUGGCUCCCACUCGGGUUCUGCGCUCUUCCCAUCCCCGCGGGGGGCGACAGCGGCGCAUCGGCACCUGUAUCGUCUUUUGUGGCUCCACUAGUGGCGGAUGUCGCCUCGCGGGCAGGGGCCACUAUGGGCGCGGUGAUGCCAGAAUCUACGGAGCAGACGCACCUGGGUGGCUGCGACGAGGGGGCUAGGCGUGGCCCAGUCCCAGCGGUAGCGAGGACGGGAUCGACGAGGCACGUGACGGACGCGGUGGCUACUGGACGCAAACCCCUUCCCACACCAGCCCGCGUCAUACCCUCUCUCACCUUCUUCAACCCAACGGGACUGCCCUCGAAAGGCACCACCAGCGCAUCCCUCCCCGCCCCUAAAAGCACUGAGAGCGAUUGUGGCGGCAGAGAUCGCCAACGGACGACAUCUCUGUUGCCUGCCUGGUGCCACGUCGUUGCGGAGGCCCUGCUCGCACCGCAGUCGCCACCGAAACUGCACCGACCUGACCAGCGCCGUCGCACCUCCACAUCCGGCACCACGACGGCAGUGGGAACCACCUCGACCACUGUGGCGAGGGACAUCCACAGUGGAAGGUGGAGUGUGGAGGCACGAGGCGGAAUGCCGAUUGGCUGGACCGCGAAGUUUGUCGCGGCGGCAGAGCGGACAUUCGCGCCCCAGUGUGCUGCUGUAGCCGCCUCCGCACUUGACGAUUGUAGGAGUGAGGGAGGAGCGGGGGAGCAAGAGGGCUGCGCGACCCUACCGUCUCACUACUCUCACUUGCCGCCGCGCGAGAGUGCCGGCGCAGACGUGGCCGUGCUUGGUAACGCUAACUUCACCGCACGCCAUCUUCCUCCGCCGGCGCCUCUCAAAAUAACCAUACCGACUCCACCACCACUGGUGCCCUGCAGCAGUGAGCCUGACGGCGUUGGCGGCGGCCGUGGGAUCGUGCGGGUCGUGGCAGAGGCGACCACCGUGGACUUUGACGCUCAUGACGCACCUCACGCGUACAUGCAAGUGCUCAUGGAGGUUGACACCAAACGUGCCACCACCACGUCAACCGUCUUAGGGUCUGGGGAUACUGGCGUAGCCGCUAACGCCGACACCGCUGCUGCCGCUGCGCCGACCACAACGGCAGAAAGCGGGAAAAACAAUCCGGCCGACGCCUGGUCGCUGAAUUACGGUGAUGCCCGCGUUGGCGAUUCCUCGGCUUCGCCGGGUCGAUUCCACGCUGUCGGUGCGGCGUGGGAAAAGUGGGGCGGUCACUGGAGUACUAUCGCUCGUAGUAUCGAUGCUGCGGUACUGUCGCUGCACUCUGACGCUUCCCGGCCGCAUACGUGCACAUGUAGGCCUCCUGUCUCAGCGUCGACUCCUUCAGUGACGCAGCUGACGAUGCUGGCACCCGAUGGCACCGAAAUGGUGAUGCAGGGGCACGCGAACGAGCACCCAUCACAACGACGCCACAGCCAGGUCGGCUGCUGUGCAGGCGCCGCUGCUGCCUCUUCUGGCUACGCAGCUCACAAGAACUCCGCCUACAUCAUGGGUGGGUGCGCCAAUACCGGAUAUCUGCGUGUCGGUGACGUCGCGGCCGCAUCGCCCAGCGCGGCUGUGACGGCCGCAUCAGGCAUACUCGUCACGCCGGCUGCAGGGAUGCGGCCCAGUGUCAUUAUGAGGUCUCCAGCCGUGCCGGCUGGGCCCGCCGGAGAGUUCGAGGGCGGCGGCGAUGGUGGCGACGUGGAGCACUCCUCAGAAGGCCUCGUGAACACCAGCCAGAACACACGGUUAAAGGGCGCAGACGGCCUUGGCUCUCUGUCCAUUUACCCAGAGACGCUACCGCUGUUUCACAUGCUUCCGGCUCCGAUCGAGGGUGCUCGUGUGUUCGCCUCCUCGCUGGCGUCGCCGCUGCAGGGUCGUCCGGAGCAGCAGCCGCAGGCACAGGGCUCGUCUAACGUUGCGAAGGUAAGCAGCGUGAGUCGCGUGCCAAGGAGACCACUUGCACAGCACCCUCCCAAGCUGGGACGUCCAGCAGGGCAUACAUCCGGGUGCGAUGUGUGA